AUGGGCCGCUACAACUUCGCGGCCUCGCGUGUGCAUCGCGCCGCGACCCAGCUCCUCGAGACGAAGCGCCUGAAGGUCCCGCCGCCGUGGUAUGACGUGGUUGCCAAUGUGCCGCCUCCGCAGCAACUCGUCCGCCCGUUGCAGCGCACGUACAACGGGAAGGACGCACGGAAGAACAUCCGUAAGCCGUCCCACAUGUUCAAGCCCACCGAGCUCCACUAUCCCGAGGACGGCCUGCGGAAAGAGUUCUUCAAGGACCAUCCAUGGGAAUUGGCCCGGCCGAGGAUAAUAGUCGAGGAAGACGGUGCGGACGGAAAGAAGUGGGAUUGGAGCAAGAUCGUCCAGCCGGGCAAGAAGCUGGACGGUGAGAGCGUCGUUCAACGCCAGCGUUGGCUCAUGCAGCAUGCCAAGCUAGACAAAGCCACGGCUUACGAUCAAGCGCGCCGGGAAUUCUACGAUUUCCGGCACAAGGAGGCCAUCGAGCAGCGCAUCGCCAAGGAGGAGGCGCAGGCUGUGGGCGCAUACUUCGGCCUGGGCCCGCUUGAGGUGGGCAUGGGCCUGGAAGACGAGGCCUUUGAGCACUGGAAAGCCUGGGCGCUCAAGGAAAUCGAGCUGCAGCACCAGACGCAUGCCGCCAUGUACAGCGGUGCCGACCCGUCGGCGACCCCUGAUGCUGAGGACCCCGACACCCUGGCAGCCACUGAAGAGCUCGAGGAUAGCAUACCGGCAACAAAGGCCGGGCAGGAAGCCCGCGGAGGUGCGCUGCUCCACCCGUAA